CUCAGCACACAACUACAGAACAUUUGUUCUCCCUCCCUCGUUCACUCAUUGAUGACUGGCAACCGGAGCCGAGUCCGAUCGGUUCUCCGGCUCCUCGUUUUUUCUGACACCGAGCACGCCCACACCCACCAUCCUCCUGCCCGGCAAACAAACCCCUGCUCUAUCUUGAUGUCACACCGGUGAGCGGUCGGUUUUCCAGCGUCUCCGGUCUCCGGUGACACCAACAUCCACCAGCAGACGACCCCCCCCUUUUCUUCGGUAAUCGCCGGCCACCACCAUUGGUGGCAGCGCACAGCGGUGGCAGCAGAGCCCGACGGCUCGAGGCAGUGGUGGAUCUGGAUGGCAGCAGCGCCCGGCGGCUCCGAUGAAGAUGAUGAUUAUGAUACCUGCUGAUAACGAUGUCGGUAGCGGCGCCGCCGUCUGCGGCAGUCUCUCGGUGGUGCUCGGGGUGACCAUCUCCAAGAAUCGACGGACUUGGGUUUGUGUCAGUUUUGGUCUCGAUAAAGUCUCGGGUCAGAUUCAACCGGUUAGAGUGUUGGUUCAAAGCAUUGGUUCAGAUUUGGUGAUGAUACGGAGUAUGCUUGGCUCGAGUUCCGGUUCAGGUUUCGGUUCCGGGUCAACCGCAUCAACACAGCAAGUUGACCGGUCAACGCUGGUCAACGAGGCCAACAUGUUCGGUUCGAUGAUCGGGUUCUCGACUCGGUCAACGGGUCAAAGUAGUCAACAUAAUGGUUCGGGUUCGCGACUCGGUCAAACCGAGUCAACUCGGUCAUACAUGGUCAACUCAGUGAGUCAACUCAGUCAACGACAGUCAAUGAUGGUCAAACUCAGUCAAACGAAGACCCGGUAUAGUUUAAACGAUGCAAAAGUUUUGUUUCGUUAUGCAGAUUAUAGUUAUACGCGACCGAGCUCGACCGUUACCUUUAGCGACUACUUACACUUUAUCUUGUCGUAAUUGAUAAAUUCUUAGUAUAUAUUGUUCGCAUUGAUUGAAUUAUAGUUGAGCUUUGAGAAAAUACGACGACUUUUUAUUGUCGGGUUAUUAAAAAAAACAGAGGAAACUCUGUCCGAUUUUUGUAAAAAUUUGAAACCAAAAUCUAAUUAU